AGAUUUUGCAGCACAAAGCGCACACACAACAAAUUUGGGCCAUGGAUGAGGUAAUCUCUCAUCCAUGUUUGGGCGCUGAAGUUAUAGGUAUCAGUAGCUGAUUAUUUCAGUUAUAUAUUUUAUCAUCCACAUCCUUGACUGGCUAGUUUGCUUCAUUGUGAUCGAAUUCAGCUUAAUGUGAACAUGUUGCUCAUUUUCACUUAUAUAAACCGCCAUGAAUUCCAGGGAUCAGCAGACAAAUAAUAAUUGUAAUGAUAAGCCUGACCCCCUCCAACCCAACCAGUUCAAGUUCAACAUCAUCAUGCGGUGACUCAAGAAUUAAAGGAUGGCACUAAAUGUGUCAGAUGGGUGCCCCCAGUGCCGCCGCAUGGUGGCUGGGAAAGGAAACCGACUAGUAACAGAUGCAUGCGGUCAUAUCAAAUGUCGCUUCUGCCUGCUGUCUGAAGAGGAUGGUUGCUGGUCAUGUAAAGCUCCGGCGGAGGCUCCUGCGGUGUCGGCCUCGCCGGUCCGUCUGGCCCCCGUCCAGCCGCUGUGGCCGUGCGAGCCGAGCCGCUGGCCAGUGUCGGCCGGCCCCGAACGGGGCUGGCUGACCGAUCCGGCUGUCGUCUCUGGGGUCCGGCCGACGCCCCAGCCCGCCCGGCCGGUCAGCCCGCGGGUCGGCUCGCAGCGCUCAGACAGUCCGACGGUCAGACCGGGUGCCGCGCCACCUGUCUGGUCGUCGCCGCCGACCCUGACGGAGCCGACGGCGGCUGAUGGCGGAGCGGCGCGCUCGCCGGAGCUACGCCGCGCGCCCGCCGCCGUCCCCGUCCUGCUGCAGUCGUCACUGCGCGUGCAGCAGCUGCGCAGUCAGCUGGCCGGCGGCGGUGCUGCGACCGCACCCCGUCCCGCCGAGACCGUCCAGCCGGAGGACCUGUCGCCGCGCUGUGUCGCCGAGGAGAGCUCCCCGGCCAGACACUGGAAGGCCGGGCGCGGCAGACGGGGGGCCGACGGAGCGGCACUCUCCAUCCCGCCGCCUCUGAGGACCGCGGCUUCGACAGAGAGCAGCACUCUGAGCGGAGAGCCAGCACGGAAGCGAUCACGGGAGGAGUGCGGCACACAGACGGUAGCAGGCUCGGCACUGAUACACAAAAUCCCCCGAACCAGCACCCCCUCAGUGCCGGGAGGUCAGAGGUCUUCAACCUCGCUAUCGACGCCGGUAUCAACAGAGCUGUUGGCGAAGAGAAAUUUGCCAGAGCAGCGGGAAGCUAUCCCGUUAACACCGAUCGAGGUCCCUUCACGUCACAUUGAGGCUACAGAAGCUUCAUCAUCGAAAACGAGCAAGCGGCCACUCCCGAAUGAACAACAAGCAUCGCACAAGAAAAAGCAAAAACGGAUGGCUCCAAGCGACAGGAAAGAAAGAUUGAGCAAUGCCCUAAGUGGCACGACUCAGCCCCAUGUGGAACCCAAGCCUACGGAGUCAGCGGCACCGGCCCCCUCUGACGGUUCCCUGGUUGGUGAUGGUGCGCCGGUCUGCGGCAGCUCGCUAGUAGCAGCUGCCGCAGCUCAGGGGGCCUCUCCGGAGGUCUCUGGUGAGGACGGCCGGCCGGCGGAGAGCAGUUCCGCCGGAGACGCCUCUCCGAUGCCGCCGCCGCGCUCCAUGAAGGCCAGGAUCCUGGCCCAGGUACACCAGGAGAGUAGCAGGGACGAGGAGCAGCCGGCAGAGCCGACCAAACAGGCAGCUGAGUCGACCGAGGGGUUGACUGGACAGGCUGAGCCGUCCAAAGGAGCAGCUGAGUCGACUGAGCCGUCCAAAGGAGCGGCUGGACCGGCCGAGCCGUCCCAGGUCACAACGGAGUCGGCCGAGACGUCCAAAGCAGCAGCUCAGCCGGCCCAGCCGUCUAAAGAAGCGACGAGGUCGGUCGAGCCGUCUAAGGGUACAACGGAGUCGGUCGAGCCGUCUAAAGGAGGAGCUGAGCUGGACGGCGACUCGGAGCGGUCGGCCGGCAGGCGGCGCGGUGCCACAUCGGGAACCAAGAGGGUCACUGCCAACAUGGUGGUCAAGAAGGUGGACAAUGGAGACACUGCAAAACCCGAGUACGAGUGUCGUGAGUGUCAGAAGCGGUUUACCACCUUCUCCCACUGGAAGUACCACAUCAGCUGUCGUACGGGCAAGGCGCGCUACCGCUGCUCCCAGUGCUCCUGGACGGGGAAUGUCAAACAACACUACAACUACCACAUGGACAGACACAAAGGUGUGACACCUACACACGUGUGUAAGGUGUGCUCGGCCAAGUUCCUGCAGAAAUCCACUCUGGACCGACACAUGGCCACUCACAGCACUGAGGGCGGUCUGCAGUGCGCCCAGUGCCUCACCCGGUUCACGUGCCAGUACAACUACCAGCGACACCUGCGCACACACACGGGAGAGAAGCCGUUCGUCUGCCAGCUCUGCCAGAAGGCCUUCUCCGACCAGGGCAACCUCAAGAAGCACAUGCUGAAACACACCGCCGGCGCCGAGGAGCGGUGUCCCGUCUGUCCCGAGCCGAAGCUGUACCGCACGCCGGCCACUCUGGCUCAGCACCUGCGCGAGUGCCACGACCUGCCGCGGCCGGCGCAGCGCCACAGCUGCCCGGCGCCGGGCUGUGGCAAACACUUCUCCCGCCGCUCGGACCUGCGCAGGCACCAGCGUAUUCACACCGAGGAGAAGGAGUUCAGCUGCCCGUUCUGCCGAGUCACCAGCCGGCGGGUGGACACGCUGGCGCGCCACAUGGCCGCCUCGCACGGACUGAGUCGGGAUGAGGCGCGACUCAAGAUCCGCGCCGACACGGCCACCACCGCGGCGGGCUCGGCGACCGAGGCAGACCCGGACAACCCGGACAGCCCGCCUCCUCCGCCGGCCGCGGCCGCGUCCCCUGCCCCGCCGCCGGUGUCGGCGGCGCUGUCAGGAGCAGCGUCCGGGGCGGUCUGUGUGUCAGGAGCGCUGUCAGGCGCGGUGUCAGCAGUGUCAGGUGCGCUGUCCGUGUCGGGGUCGGUGUCACUGGGGCUCUCGGCGGCCGCGGCCGUGGCAGUGUCGGUGACGGCGGUGUGCUCCGACCGCCCGGUGUCUGCCGGACGGACGGGGACCGGUCGCCAGCCGCAGCAGACGCCCGCCGAGCCGGCGGCGGCCGAGUUCCAGCCGCGGCCGCCGCUGCUGCCGGCUGAGAGUCCGGCGGAGAGCGCGGCGCGGCGCGACUCGGUGCUGAAGUUCUGCCAGCCGCCGGCGCCGGCCGAGGGUGGGCCCCAGCUGGAGGAGGUGAGCUCCGCGGAGGUGACCGAGCCGCGGCUGGUGGAGCUGCAGCCGGUGCGGCUGGCGGACGGCGCGCCGCCCGUGGCCGCCCAGCUGAUCCACCGGUACCCGGGCGACUGGCUGCCCCCGCCCCCGCCCCCGGCGGCGGCCGAGCAGCACCGUCUGUACGCGGCGCCGCCGGAGCUGGCCACCCAGCCGGUACCGUACCACCGGCCGCCACCACCCGCCCCGCCGCGCACCUCCGCCCAGCAGCUCACGCACUACCAGAACCACCUGCGGCAACUGAUCGGCGACGCCGCCUUCGAGGGACUCUCCACCAUGUUCGACAACCUGCGCAACAACGUGGUGGCCUGCAUGUCGGCGAGGCAUCAGGACAAGGACGGCCGCGUGUCACGGCCCUCGUGAUGACGGCUCGCGGCACGCCGCAAACAGCAGUCGUUGUCCCUCCUCGGCUGGUGGUGCCGUGUUGCUUAUGUGGAGGAGGAGGAGACUUCAGCAAGUAGUGACGGUUCUGUCUACCGGUACAAUAAUUGAGAGUGUAAAUACGACAGGGGUACGGAGCGUCGAGCUACUGAGAACGAACCCGAGUCGGUUUGCCGAGAUAAGACAUCGCUUAUGAAUCCAUAAGGAGUUGGGCAUUGAGCUGAAUUUGGUAAGUCAGGCAUGAGCUAAGACGCAGCCCGUUCAUCGGACGUGUUAAAUUAUUGCCGAAAUAAACUUGAAAGUCGAUUUUCAAACCAAUGAACAACAAAAUGAUAGGAUGUGUCAACAAAAUGCACAUCAGAAUGCAUGCAUUUGCAUUGAUAAACUUAAUGUGAAGAUUCAUGAAGUCCCCAGUUGCACAGGGGAGUACAAGCGACAUGGUUUGGGCCGGGAGCUUCUCUGAUUGGAGCUAUCUAAUGCAAUGCUAACUGCCAGGCGGGUUUUUGAACGAUUUACCAGUCUAGGUGUUUGAUGCGUGUAGAUUGUACCUGACCAGAAAGGAAACUUGAGACGGGUCCGGAGGUUGUAAGUGCUGGUUUGCGGGGAGUUCGAUGCGUGGUGUUUUGGGAGGUUUUCGUAACUUGACGUUUGAUGUAGUUUUGCCAUGUCGGGCGAUGUGUUUAGAAUUUAGGUGCGAAAUGUUGCCUUAUUUUUCUUAUGUAACGCAGUUAUUUGCUUUCAUGGAGCUUAUGAAAAGCAGUCCAGUUUAUUUACCGACUGAAUUGUGAAUGCGGGUUGAUUUGGUAAUGUAGGGAGCGUGGCCCGUGUGAUUGCUUUGUGUUUCCAUUAGAUGCAGCUACUAUGCCGUAUCUAAUCGCUAGCCGGGAACGGUAGUGUCAUUGCCUGUUGGCUGUGAGAAGGAGCCGGGUGGUUUUCUAAAGCUUGUGUCAUCAGUGCUGGUCGGACUGGCAGUUUUUGUACGGUCGGAGAGGCGAACCGGUGACAGUGCCGCGCUGAGAACUCGGACCCUCGUCAGAGACUUUUGCAUACUUUUAUUGUGUCUGCUUGGUGCAUUUUCACAUUUUGCAAACCCAUUCUUGACUGUGAGUUUGAGAGCUGGUCAUCGUUCACAUAUUUAUGUAUAUACGGGUCUAACCCUGUGUCGAUUGAUGCGUAUGUACAGGUCUAACCUUCAUCGCGUUGCUGUGCGCAUGGUUAUAUUCCUAGUCGUUGAACCAUGUGCGCCCGGUCUGACCGUUUGCCGCACUGUGUACGCGCACGUUGUAAUUCAGAGCGGUGACGUCGGGCGCUCGGUUUGUUUGGAUUAUGUCCAGACGACUGUGUGCGGACGCUGCGGUACGGCCCUCGUCUGGUCCGCGCCGUCCGCCGGGACCGGGUGACCGCCACGCGCACCAUGUCUGCCCUCUGUGGGCGGCUGGAACAGCCCGCGAGCUCCAAUACAAACCCCACGUUCAGCCCGGUGCCUGGCACUUGCCCACUGUCCCAGUCCGAUGUGUGUGAGAAAUGUGAGCCUGUCUCCACUGUCGCCUCCGGUUGACCCAUUGUGAUGGGGCUUGCUCCGGAUAGUGCAAGAUUCUUGGGAUAAUUGACCCACCGCCCGGGUAUAUCCGAGGUCAGUGCAUAUGAUGCGCUGACCCAUAUCUGGGUCACGUCGGUGAGCCGUGCCGGCCCGUACACAGUACAUAGGCUCACACGGUGAGUUGAGAAUGGCCCAGACCAAUACAAUACAGAUAUGAUCUGAUUU